AUGAUGUGGGACGUCGACGAAGACGUGGACGACGCAAAGGCCAUCAAAGUCCGUCACUGGUGGCACGUCAGCGGGGUGAGAAUGGGUGCGCAGAUGAACUUGUCGAUCGAAGGGGCGAAAGAUAAAAGGGACUUGGUGGCUGCUGCGUGGAGAACGAACGACGGGCCGAGCGAGACGGGCUGA